AGGGAAAAUUGGAUAAAUAGGACACUUUGAACUUGGAUUUGUCACAUUAGGAUUUCUAGAAGAUAUUUUAGGAAAAUAGGAUUUUAGAUCUUGUAAAAUACCAAAGUACCCUUAAUUUACCAAUUAUGUUGAAUUUAAAUUAUAAAUUAUAAUAAUUUUCGUAAUAAAUUUUAAUGUUAAAAUUUAAAUCCAUAAAAAUUAAAAAAUAAAAAAAAACACUAAAUGGGAAAAAAGGAGACGCGGGAUGCCGCAAACCUAAUUCCCCUUUCUCUUUGUCUUCUCCGAGCUGGUGACGUCGCUCUCCCACGGCGAUUUAGGGUUCAAUGGUGAGAAGCUCUGUUCUUCGUCGGUGUUUCAUCAGCCCGUGGUCUCUACUCUCGUCUCCGUCACCAUCCUUUUCGAUCUCACUGAAGACACAACGGCUGCGAAUCGUUCUUCCUCUUCGUCGGGUCAAAUCGAUUUUCGAAGUGUUCUUCCAUCAAUUUCGCCUCUCAAUCUCACAAUUCUUCACAGAAGCUAUGUCUGAGGAGCUACCGAAGAGGCUUUUUAAGGAGGGCGAGGAGCCCCGAGUUACUCAGAUCAACAACAACUGCAGGAUCGACUACAUAAUCCGAAAGUUCCAAGCGUGGCUGCCAAAGGAGUUGGAUGUCGUGAAGAAAGACCCGUUUUUCAUCAGAUUUUUAAGCUCCAUGAGAAUGGUCUUGGAUACUCUGCGAGGGUGAUACACAGCUUCUUGUGUAGGGAGCUGGUGACUUUCUUACAGCACGAGCUAUGGUUUGUCUUUGCGAGGAGACCGCUUCGAUUCUCAUUGCAAGAGUUCCACGCCGUAACCGGGUUUGAAUGCGAUACUCACAUUUCGAUUGAGGAGUUUGAAGAGUGGAAAUAUGAUGGUGGUUUCUGGAGCAAGGUUUUGAGGAGAAAAGAUGGAACAAUUACACUCUUCAACCUGUGGACUAAGGACAAGGAAGCUGUAAAGAAAUGGAAGAAUGCAGAUCGCAUACGUCUUAUCUACUUGGCGAUCAUUCUUUGUGUGGUAUUGGCGAGAGAUGAGAAGGCUAAUAUCCCCCUGAAGUACAUCGCGGUGGUCAUGGAUCUUGACAGAGUUCGAAGGUAUCCUUGGGGAGUUGCUGCUUAUGACCUUCUCUGCAAAUCCAUAGCCAAAAAUCGUUCCCAACUGAAGGAAAAGACCACUAGCUAUGUCUUGGAUGGCUUCUCAUACGCCUUGCAGAUUUGGGCAAUGGAAGCGGUGCCAAAAAUCGGGAAGCUUUGUGGAAAAAAGCUGGAUAAGGGUUUCAAGGACGGUCCUAGAUGCAUAAACUGGAUGGGAGCUGCGAAGGUGUCAUAUGAGGAGAUCAUUCGCUUGGAGGAGAUUAUUACACCCAAGGAUGACAUCUACCCAUACAUCUCAUGGACAGGAAAUUAUGAUGUUGUCAAAGCUCAGGCGUUUCGCAGAGAUGAUGAUGUGGAGGAUGACAGAAUCAAGGUUCUGAUGGAGAUGAUAAAGAAGGGGCAUGAUUUUAGUGAGCAUGUUUGGGAAACUGAAGAAAAUGAAGUGAUUUCUUUAUCUCUCGAUGACGAAUCAGCUGUGAAUGAUGAAGCAAGCGUGAAUGUUGAAGCAGCCGAGAGUGAUGACGACUUUCAGACUCCGAAAGGAUCAAAAAACGUUGGUUCUAGAUCAAAGAGGGGUAAAAAGAGGCUUCCCGAUCGUGGUAUGGAGAAGAGAAAGCAUAAGGUUCUCGCAAGUGGCGCAAAGCAAGCUCCUUUUAAUGAAGACAUGAAGGCUUUUAUGACACAGUUGUUUGAGCACAACUUCUCUGGAAUGGAACAAAGGAUACAGAAACAGAUGGCCGAGACAUUUGAGCAGAUGCGGACAGAGCUUAAACAAUCACGUAAGGAAGCCAGCGUUGAAGUUGAGCUUGGAGAGCCUUCACCGACAAAGCCAUCGACGAGCCAGGCACCGUUGAGGAGGUCCACACGCGGGGUAAACAAACACUAGUCUUCACCAUCCUCUUCAAUGUUAUUUUGUCUUGUUUAAGUUCGUGGUUUGCGUGUCUGUUUGUUUUAUUGGCAUCUAAGUUAUCGGCCUGAAUUUUGUUGUACUUUAUAAGGUCUCGGUUUGUAUGUGUGCUUGGUGUGUAAGUGUCCUUGGUUUGUAAGUGUCUUGUUUGAACUUAUGUAAUGGUCUGGAACUUUUAUGUAAAAUAAUUAUUAAUGAUAAUGUAUUUUGGUAUCUCAAUUA